AACGCGACGAGCGACAAGACCACGUGUCCGGCCUCGGCGCAGUACAGGGGGAAACAAGAUGGGUAAAGUGAAAAAGACGCGAAAGAACACGUUCAACUACAGUGUGAACAGGAAGAAGCUAAAGCGCAGGGCGAGGAAGAAAGAGGCACCGCGUAUCGUUUGUGAUGAGAUCAGAAAAGCUUGGGAUGACUCCAGAUCUGUAGCUACAAAUCUGGCAGAGAUGGGUCUUGCGGCAGACCCCAACAGGGCUCUCCUAUCCUCUGCACACACGGAGACAGGUACUGGACAAAAACAGAUCCGAAAGCCGUAUGUCAUACAAGAACUUAAAGCUGCAGCCAGUGUGCCAUCCAAACAAACAAUGGGCAUUUCUUCUGACAUGGUCCUUUAUGUUCGUCACAUGGUGGAAAACUAUGGAGAAGACUACAAGGCCAUGGCACGAGAUGAGCAAAAUUACUAUCAGGACACCCCAAAACAAAUCCAGCGUAAAGUAAACCUGUACAGGCGGCAUCACCCAGAUGAAUAUCAAGCUCUGCUUACAUCAAGAACAUGACCUCUAGGACCCAGUUUGAAGAUGGGCCAAUAUACUGGAAAGUUUGUUGUAUCCCGUAACUUUCAGGAGAUCAGCUCUCUUCAUACACUGGAGUCACUGGUACGUCGGCAGAAUCUUAAAAUCGACUGAUGUAUCUGUGCUUGGAUCAGCACUGGCCCACAUUAAAGAAAACAAAGUGGUGCAGUUGCUCCUAGCAACCUAUAAGAUCAUUUUUUUUCACAGGCCUUUGAAAAAUGAAAGCAAUCUGGUUGCUAUGGGCAACUACUUUUCCAGACCACAACUUUUGAUAAAUCUCCCCCUAGUACCUUCAGGUCAUUUUCAAAAUGGAUUAGUUUUUGCUCGGACUGAAAAUUGUGCCCUUAUCAAUCAGAACUAGAGCUGAGCGAAGUUACAGUACUCUGAUUCUGGACGAACCUUGCAGCUCGGCGGUUACUGACUUUA